AAUGGGCGUUGCCUUUUCCACGUCCGUGAAAAGUGGAUGAUUGCGGAACACUUGGAAUUCCACACUUGGAAUAAUAGCAACCCGGUCAUCUGAUUUAGCCCAAAGGCACUGAAAUAUGAGCUAGUCAAACUUGUGUUUUGCAUUCUGCUGCCCACAGUAUCGUGCAGUACCACCAACAAACAUGUCCGUGUGGGAUGAUCUGGAUUUGCUGUUAGACUCACCCUCCUCGCUGAGUGUCACAUCCAACACGAGGGGGACCGUGAAGGACAAAGCCAACUUUAAAGUGGAAGAGGAUGUGGCAGCUCUAAGGAAGGCGAUGGAGGGCAUUGGCACGACAGAAAAGACCCUUGUUGAAGUGCUGACCCAAAGAAGUAACGCUCAGCGACAGCUCAUCGCCAAGGCCUACGAGAAAGCCACAGGAAGGACAUUAGUAGCCGACCUGGAGGGCGACACGCAUGGAGACUUUGAGGACUUGCUGGUGGCCUUGGUGAAAGCGCCUGACGUCUACGACUGCCAUGAGGUCAUCAAAGCCAUCAAGGGCGCGGGCACCACUGAGAGCACACUGACAGAACUCUUCGCCUCGAGAUCCAACAGACAGAUCAAAGCCAUGUCUGAGGCGUACCUGGCAGAAACUGGAAGACUGUUGCUUCAUGAUCUCAAGUCGGAGGUAUCUGGAGAUUAUGGCGAAGCUCUGCUCAUCCUGGCAGAGGGCAAGAGAGAUGAGAGCUCCGGAGUGGAUGGAGCCAAAGCCAAAGCAGAUGCCAAAGCUCUGUACGAGGCAGGAGAGAAGAAGUGGGGAACAGACGAGGGCAGGUUCAUUGACGUCCUUUGCCACAGGAGUGUUCCUCAGCUCAGACAGACUCUGGUGGAGUACAAGAACAUCAGCAAGAAGACUCUGCAGGAGAGCAUCGAGAGCGAAAUGUCAGGAAACCUGGAGAAGCUCCUGGUGGCUGUAGUGAAAUGUGUGAAGAACGUGCCUGCGUACCUGGCAGAGAGGCUUUACGAGAGUGUGAAGGGUUUAGGAACCACAGAGUCCACGCUGACCCGGAUACUGGUCAGCCGCUCCGAGAUCGAUCUUCUGGACAUCAGAGCCGAGUACAAGAAGCUCUUCGGAUACACGCUCUACUCCCAGCUUGAGUCUGAAGUGUCAGGCAGCUAUGGCGACGCCCUCAAACAUCUGUGCGGUCAGGACUAACGCCCCCGACUUCCUGUGAUGACAAACACGUGGCUGCUUGGCACAUCGAUAAUACAAAUUGACUUUGCCACAAGCGAGACUUGAAAGGAAGCAUCUUAAAUAGCUUUUUCAUGUGGAAUCCCAGCAAUGCUGGACGAGUUAAAAAAAAAAAAAAAAAACAUGUAACAUUUGUGACUGAUGAGCGGUACUCCAAAGUAUUUUGUUCCCUCUUGUGCACUUCACCGUACUGGACACAAAUAAACACCUUAGACUUUG